CGUCCCUUACAUGUCCCCUGCUUGUGUGUGUGUGUGUUGUGUGCUGGAACGACAGGUACCCUCCCUUUGGUGUAUAGUUGUAUCCCUUGGUUGAGUGUGUUUACAUGGAGCGAGAGGUGUUCACGUGAGGUGUGUCAGGUGACGGGUGUCAGAGCGUGUGCCAGGGUGUGAAUCAGUCUGUUGGAGUGUGGCUGUGGACGUGGAACGUGGGGUUGAGAUCUGGAUGUGAAGUUGUGCUGUGGCUGUGGACGGGGAGACGUUGAGUAUCUUGUUAUUUUAUGUUGUAGACUCCAUUUGCUCUUUUAUUAUUCUUAUUACUGUAUACAUUUAUAUUAAACAUCUUAUUGUUAUUAUUAUAUUUAAAUAGUGUUAGUUGUCUUUGUUUGUCGCUACAUAUAUAUAUACCCUAGAUUCCAGAACCCAACAUUUGGGGGCUCGUCCGUUUAGCAUGGCUACUACCAGGAGUGCCAGAAGACAGCUAAUAAGUGAUUUGAAGGAGGAGGGAAAGCUAAUUGGGCUGACCGAUGACAGUUUGGCGGAGUGGGUGAAGGAAGAGUUGAGGAGGGUGGAAGAUGCGAAGGUCGAGGUUGUAGCAAAGGUAUGUAACCCUGUACCCCGCUUGAGGGAUGUGGCGCCGAUGACGGUGGACGAAGACCUGGGUGCGUAUGUGAGGCAUUUUGAGAGUCAGGCAAAGAGACAAGGCAUUGACCCCAAGGACUGGUCGCUCCUUCUGACGGACAAGAUGAGUGGACAACUGAAGACUUUCCUCGUUGAGACGGGACUGAACUUGCAUCAGGACUUCGAGUCAGUAAAGGUAAAGUUAUUCACGCACGCAGGUUUCAACGAGGAAAAGUAUAGGGUCAGAUUCCACCAGCUGGUACCAACACACGACGAUAUGAGAAGCUUCGCAGUCAACACAGAAGCCGCGUUGAGAGCGUGGGUCCGGCAGUCGGAGACAAAGGAAACGUUUGAGGACUUGGUGAACCUCCUGAUUGUUGAUCGGAUAAAAUCGGUGGUCACAUGUGAUCUGUUGGAGAGGCUGAAUGGUGCUGCUAAGAAGCUGUGUAUGAUGAUUACGGGCUGGAGAUGAUUAAUGUAGUUAAAACGGCUAUCGAGAAAGGAACUAAGUUUGAUCGCCUUUAAGAAAAGAUUACCAUCUAUGGCGACGUACGCAUCUACCGAUGGGCCCUUGCUCUACAUGAAUUAGCCUGUACUGGGAAACAUAUCAAGGGAACUGAGAACUUUGUAGCAGACAUUCUAUCACGAGUGUUUUACGACAACUAGUGUAUAUGAUAUUGAGAAAUGUAUUAUUGUUGGAGUACAGUAUGAUUAUAUUAAGGAAUUUACUAUUGAGGCAUUAUGAUAUGAUUAUAUUGAGAAAUGUUUCAGAAAGGUAUUACUGAUGCAGUAUAGAAUGAUUAUGCAAAUCAAAUUUUUUAUUGUGGCUUCUCACAUGUAUCUUCAUAGGUUGAGAUAGUCAGACCACGAGCUUGGUGCCCGGCCGGAGAAAACCAUAGUCCACACUCAGGACCGAAAUGUUAAAGCUGGAUGCGAGCCACACUCUGGACCGAACUGUCCAGGCUGGAUACAAGCCACACUCUGGACCGAACUGUCCAGGCUGGAUACAAGCCACACUCUGGACCGAACUGUCCAGGCUGGAUACAAGUCAAACGCUGUCCCCACCGGUCAAAGCGAGGCGUCCUAAAAGCUGAAGAAUAAAUAGUCGAGCUCGGGCACCAACAGUGGCUAAUGGAACAAGAGAUGUUUGAUCUCUUUAAGGAAAAGAGAUCUGAAGGUGGAGGGGAGGGAUGUUACGUCCCUUACAUGUCCCCUGCUUGUGUGUGUGUGUGUUGUGUGCUGGAACGACAGGUACCCUCCCUUUGGUGUAUAGUUGUAUCCCUUGGUUGAGUGUGUUUACAUGGAGCGAGAGGUGUUCACGUGAGGUGUGUCAGGUGACGGGUGUCAGAGCGUGUGCCAGGGUGUGAAUCAGUCUGUUGGAGUGUGGCUGUGGACGUGGAACGUGGGGUUGAGAUCUGGAUGUGAAGUUGUGCUGUGGCUGUGGACGGGGAGACGUUGAGUAUCUUGUUAUUUUAUGUUGUAGACUCCAUUUGCUCUUUUAUUAUUCUUAUUACUGUAUACAUUUAUAUUAAACAUCUUAUUGUUAUUAUUAUAUUUAAAUAGUGUUAGUUGUCUUUGUUUGUCGCUACAUAUAUAUAUACCCUAGA